GCACCACGCCGGUCCGGGGACAUGAAAAGGAUGGAAGCGGUGAAGAGCGCGGUGGUGUGCCUGGUCCUCCUGCCCCGUUUCUUCAUCACCGCACUCAUGUUCUGGCUGCUGGACUUUCUGUGCAUCAGGAAGCGAGUGUUUUUCCAGAUCCAGGAGCAGGAGGACUGUUUAGACCCCCCUCUGUGUAUCUCCGACUCCAACCGCCUGUUCAGCCUGGAGUCUCUCAAAGCGGUGUGGCACGGGCACAAGCUGGACUUUCUCAAAGAAGCGCACCUCGGUCACGGGGCGCCCAACACCGAAGUAGUUCAACUGGAGGACCAGAAGCGCGCGCGCAUCCUAGACUAUGCACACGAGAACAGACCUCUCAUCCUCAACUUCGGCAGCUGCACCUGACCUCCGUUCAUGGCGCGCCUCAAAGCGUUCCAGAGCGUGGUGCAGCAGAACGCAGACAUUGCGGAUUCCGUGCUCGUGUACAUAGAGGAGGCGCACCCGUCGGACGGGUGGAUGAGCACGGACGCUCCGUACCAGAUCCCCCGGCACAGGUGUCUGGAGGAUCGGCUACACGCUGCGCGCCUGAUGCGCACUGAGGUGCCCGGCUGCCUGGUGGUGGUGGACAGCAUGGAGAACACGUCCAACGCCGCGUAUGGAGCCUUCUUUGACAGACUGUACAUCCUCGAGGGGAGGAUCGUGUACCAGGGAGGCAGGGGACCAGAGGGCUACCGCAUCUCCGAGCUCAAAGACUGGCUGGAUCAGUACAGAGAGAGCGUGGGAGCCACCAGCAAGAUCAUGGAAGUCUAGUUUACAUUUAUAACCAAGAACCAUGUCCAAGUCUUGUUUUUGAACUGUAUUUCAUUUUGAUUAGAUCGUAUUGUUAAGUGCUUUUAAAAACGCCACUGAAGAGUUGAAU